CUGGGCACUGCCUGGGGAGACUCGACGGACAGCUUCAUGAAACUACAGAUUUGCCUAUCGGUCUAUGCCUUUACCAGACAAAGGUAGCUGACUGUACUUUCACAAAACAAGAUGUGAUCAUCUGAUCAAGCUUUGUGGAGCUGCGAGUAGAUGAUGGGAAGGACGGCUCGUGCAGAGCUCUUGCUGACUGUUGGGAAUUAACUGGAAACAGAAGAACAGCUUCCACUGCAUGUGCCAUAAUGGCCAGUCUUGUUCUUAAUGAGACUGGGAUGGACAAUUGUGGCAUCGAUGACUCCUUCAAGUACAACCUGUACGGUGUGGUGUACAGUGUGGCAUUUGUUCUGGGACUGGUCACUAACUGUGCUUCACUGUUUGUCUUCUGCUGUCGCAUGAAAUUGCGUAACGAGACCACGCUUUUCAUGACCAAUCUAGCUUUAUCAGACUUAGUGUUUGUGUUUACUCUUCCUUUCAAAAUCUUUUACAACGUGACUCGCCACUGGCCUUUUGGGGAUACAGUGUGCAAGAUCUCCGGAGGAGCCUUCAUCACCAAUAUCUACGGCAGUAUGCUGUUCCUCACAUGCAUCAGUGUGGAUCGAUUCCUGGCGAUUGUUUACCCCUUCCGUUCACACUCCAUUCGGACCCGCCGCAAUGCUGGGAUCGUGUGUGGGAUCAUCUGGUUGUUGAUCCUGGGCGGAGGCAUGUCAGUCCACUUCUUCUCUUCCACCAACAAGUCCAAAGCAAGUACCACCUGCUUUGAGGGAUUCUCCAAGAAAACGUGGAAGACACAUCUGUCUAAGAUCACCAUUGUCAUUGAAGUGGUGGGUUUCCUCAUCCCACUGAUGAUCAAUCUCGCCUGCUCUUCCAUGGUGCUCAGGACUCUGCGUAGACCCGCUACUCUGUGUCAGAUCGGAACCAACAAGAAGCGUGUUCUGCGUAUGAUUGUAGUGCAUUUGGCCAUUUUUAUUGUUUGUUUUGUACCUUACAAUUCUGUUCUGUUCAUCUAUGCCAUGGUGCGCACUCGAGCGCUCGCGAGCUGCUGGGUGGAGAAGCUCGCACGGACACUGUAUCCCAUCACGCUUUGUGUUGCCACCUUCAACUGCUGCUUUGACCCGGUGGUCUACUACUUUACCUCGGAGUCCUUUCAGAAAUCACUGACUACCGGGAAGUGCCAGGCCACGCAGGAGAACACGCUGAGGAGUGAUUGCCUUGUGUCUACUGUGGAGAAUACUGGCACGGUUGAGCUCCACACACUGACCAGCAAUGGAAAAGAUCAGGGGUGCGUCUCCCAAAAGCAUCGUUAGCCAACUAUCAUCGCAAGUUCUCUACUGGUAACGAAGGAACUUGCGACGAGAGUUGGCUUUGGGAAACGCACCCCAGAUCAGUGAGACUCAGUUCUGAAAAGAACAACUAGAGUCGGAAGAAGAGCUGUGGAUGUCUUGUCUCAGGAUGUAGUGCUGAAGAAAGUUUUCCUCUGACACCCAAACAUGGGACAUCUAAGGCUUCUGACAUCUCUGUGAUUGUUUUCUGUCCAGUAGUUAGUGUUAACACAGGUGUACCAGUGUAUCACUGUAUUUGAUCAAUGAGUAUUACCAUACCAUUUGCAUUUUUAUUGUGCUGUAUUGUAUUUUUACUCAGUCAAAGCACCUUCUGAAAGUGUUGUUACAAAUCAGUGUUAUUGAUUUGUGUGAAUGUGGAAUGUGUGUGUAAAUUUUUCUCUCUCAAUCUGGAAAGUUUGGUUUGCCUUUUA